AUGGUUUGUCCACCUGCCUGCAAGUCCCAAGGCUGCACCUCUGAUGGUCAGUGCUGUCACAGCGAAUGUCUCGGGGACUGCACGGAGCCGAACAACCCUGAAAAGUGUGUGGCUUGCCGCAACUUCUACCUUGAAGGGAAAUGCGUGGACACCUGCCCCCCUGGUUACUAUCGCUUUGAGGGGUGGCGUUGUGUGACCUUCAGCUUCUGCCAGGAACUGCACAACAAAUGCAAAAACGCCAGGGAGUCGGGGUGUCACGUUAUCCACAAUAACGAAUGUGUUCAUGAAUGCCCGUCAGGGUACAUCAUGAAUUCUAGCAACUUGCACUGUACACCCUGCGCAGGGCCCUGUCCAAAGGUUUGCGACUACGGGAAAGAGAAGACGAUCGAUUCGGUGACAUCGGCACAGGAGCUCCGUGGCUGCACAGUUGUUAAUGGAAGCUUAGUUAUAAAUAUCCGUGGAGGAAAUAACAUAGCAGCUGAACUAGAAGCAAAUCUUGGCUUGAUAGAAGAAAUCUCUGGUUACCUAAAAAUUCGCCGGUCUUAUGCCUUGGUUUCUCUUUCUUUUUUUCGUAAACUACAUCUGAUUAGAGGAGAAACACUAGAAGCUGGGAAUUACUCAUUUUAUGCCUUGGACAACCAGAAUCUUCGCCAGCUCUGGGACUGGAGUAAGCACAACCUCACUAUUGCACGAGGCAAACUCUUCUUCCAUUAUAAUCCCAAACUCUGUCUGUCAGAAAUCCACAAGAUGGAGGAGAUCUCUGGGACUAAGGGGCGUCAGGAAAGGAAUGACAUAGCCCUGAAGACGAACGGUGAUCAAGCCUCAUGUGAAAAUGAAUUGCUGAAAUUUUCUUCCAUUAGAACAUCUCAUGACAAGAUCCUGUUGAAGUGGGAGCCAUACUGGCCUCCUGAUUUCCGUGAUCUCCUGGGAUUUAUGCUUUUUUACAAAGAAGCUCCAUACCAGAAUGUGACGGAGUUUGAUGGCCAAGAUGCUUGUGGGUCAAACAGCUGGACAGUUGUGGAUGUUGACCCACCCCCACGGUCAAAUGAGCCCAAAGCUCAGGCCCAGCCAGGUUGGCUUCUGAGGGGCUUGAAGCCAUGGACACAGUAUGCUGUAUUUGUUAAAACUCUGGUCACCUUCUCUGAUGAACGAAGAACAUACGGUGCAAAGAGUGAAAUCAUCUACGUACAGACCAACGCUACUGUUCCAUCAGUCCCAUUAGAUCCAAUAUCUGUUUCCAACUCUUCAUCCCAAAUCAUUCUGAAGUGGAAGCCACCCUCAGAGCCCAAUGGAAACAUCACGCACUACCUGGUGUUCUGCCAGCAGGCAGAAGAUAGUGAGCUUUAUGAACUUGAUUACUGCUUAAAAGGAUUAAAACUGCCCUCAAGGACGUGGUCUCCUCCUUUCGAAUCCGAAGACACUCAGAAGUAUAAUCAAAGUGAAAGUGAGGAUGUCAGCGGAGAAUGUUGUUCCUGUCCUAAAACAGACUCUCAAAUACAGAAGGAGCUGGAAGAGUCUGCUUUCCGCAAGACAUUUGAGAACUAUCUUCACAAUGAGGUUUUUGUCCCCAGGCCAUCAAGAAAACGAAGAGACCUUGGCUCUGUGGCAAAUGCCACUGUGGUGAUACCCACCAUCACAUCCUCUCCAAACAAUUCUGCAGCAGCACCUGACAAUGCAGAGGAACAGAAACCUUUUGAAAAAGUUAAGUCCAAGGAGUCUUUGGUUAUCUCAGGCCUGCGGCAUUUCACCGGGUAUCGCAUUGAGCUCCACGCUUGUAACCAUGAUGCUCAGGAAUCCCGAUGCAGUGUGGCAGCUUAUGUCAGUGCCAGGACCAUGCCAGAAGCUAAGGCUGAUGACAUCGUUGGUCCAGUUACCCAUGAGCUGGUUGAAAAAAAUACCGUGCAUUUGAAGUGGCAAGAACCAAAGGAACCAAAUGGUCUUAUUGUGCUGUAUGAAGUGAAUUAUGGGCGUCUUGGGGAGACAGAGGAAGCUCACUACUGCGUUUCCCGCAAGCAUUUCGCCAGCGAGCAGGGCUGUAAGCUCCGUGGACUGCAGCCUGGAAACUACAGUGUCCGUAUACGAGCUACAUCACUGGCUGGAAAUGGCUCGUGGACAGAACCUACCUAUUUUUAUGUGGCUGAUUAUUUGAAUGCUCAGCCUAAUAUUGCUGUUAUAAUUGUUCCGAUUAUUUUUGCCAUAAUAAUUGCUGGAAUUAUUGGAGCUGCUUACGUGCUUGUGAAAAAAAGACAAACCGAAGGACCAACUGGACCACUCUACGCAUCCUCUAACCCUGAAUAUCUCAGCGCCAGUGAUGUCUAUGUCCCCGAUGAAUGGGAGGUUCCACGAGACAAGAUCACUCUCCUCCGAGAGCUGGGACAGGGCUCCUUCGGCAUGGUGUACGAGGGGAUCGCCAAGGACAUAGUGAAGGGAGAGCCGGAGACGCGAGUAGCUGUGAAAACUGUCAACGAAUCAGCCAGCCUCCGUGAGCGCAUCGAGUUCUUAAAUGAAGCUUCUGUGAUGAAAGGGUUCAGCUGCCAUCAUGUGGUUCGCCUCCUCGGGGUGGUCUCAAAAGGGCAACCUACUCUGGUGGUCAUGGAGUUAAUGGCACACGGAGAUUUGAAAAGUUACCUUCGCUCUUUGAGACCUGAUGCCGAGAAUAACCCUGGUCGUCCGCCUCCAACGCUGAGAGAAAUGAUCCAGAUGGCUGCAGAGAUCGCUGAUGGCAUGGCCUAUCUGAAUGCCAAAAAAUUUGUUCACAGAGAUCUUGCGGCUCGUAACUGUAUGGUUGCAGAAGACUUCACUGUAAAAAUUGGAGACUUCGGCAUGACCAGAGAUAUCUAUGAGACGGAUUAUUACCGUAAAGGAGGCAAAGGACUGCUGCCUGUGCGGUGGAUGGCACCCGAAUCAUUAAAGGAUGGCGUUUUCACUGCUUAUUCUGAUGUGUGGUCAUUUGGUGUUGUCCUCUGGGAAAUAAGCAGUUUGGCAGAGCAGCCCUACCAGGGACUCUCCAACGAGCAGGUGCUAAAGUUUGUAAUGGAUGGAGGAUACCUGGAUCAGCCGGACAACUGCCCGGAGAGGCUGCACAGCCUGAUGCAGAUGUGUUGGCAGUACAACCCGAAAAUGCGCCCCACCUUCAUCGAGAUCAUCGAGAUGCUGAAGGAGGACUUGCACCCCAGCUUCCACGAGGUCUCAUUCUUCUACAGUGAGGAGAACAAACCUCUGGAAACAGAGGAGUACGAGAUGGACUUUGAGAACAUGGAGAGCAUUCCCCUCGACCCCUCCUCGUACUCGCAGAGGGACAAAGUCCUGGGGCGGGACAAUGGACCCUCCAUGGCUCUCAAGGGGAACUAUGAAGAGCACAUACCUUACACUCACAUGAACGGUGGCAAGAAAAACGGGCGGAUUCUCUCCAUGCCCAGGUCAAGUCCUUCCUAACGCUUCCUGUUUGGCCCAAGGGUUGCGUCGGCUUUUUUUUCCCCUCCACAAAUCUCAGGACUCUUGUUAUUGCUGCCACAGUGUAUGACACACAUCUACAAACUCUUCAGAUUUUUAAUCAUCUUACGAUUAAUACUUCUUUUUUUUUUUUUUUUUUUUUUGCCAAGUUGACUGGUUGUCAGUGGACUUAUCUGUGAACAUAAAUGGAAGAGGUUUCCAUGGCUGCUGUCCCUUCUGUAACCAUGGUUUCAAAACAGGAAGCGACGGUGUAAGUUGAACUGAAGGAGGAGCAUCCACGUUUGCCAACAAAAGACAUGAAAUUUGCUGGUAUCUGAGCUACAGCGUAACGGUGCGGAACAAAACUUCUGCAGGACAAAAGCAUUUCCAGUAGAAUUCCAGGCUUGCAGGCAUACUCUUCACUACAGCUGAAGGAUUCAACACAUCGGUCGGACGCGCCAGAUCCUCAGAUUGACCAAUAGCUGCUGCUUUCAUACUUUUUAAAGGGGUUAAAUCCCAGGGGUGCGUGCGUGUGUGUGUAUGUGCGUGUGUGCAGUAUAUAUAUGUGGGGUGUAUAUGUAUAGCAAAAUAUACACUUCUGGUUUUUUGUACAUAAGUUUUGUAUGUUCUCACAGAAGCUUUCCUCUUCUUGGAAGUGUGUACUUAUCUUUUUUUUCCCAUUUCCCUGGAGUGAUUGAAUCCUAAACAGAUUAUUUUUAUACUAAGGACUCUUGGGAGUAGGUUUUCUCUCAUUGACAAAUGGGGAAAAUGUGCUGGGAGCCAAAGGAGCAGAAAUCUGAGAUUUGUGGGUACUUUCAAGACCAAACGAAGUAGGAGUCCCCUGACCUGAGAUAGGGAGUUUUCUGUCCUUACAGCAUUGAGUAUAUAUAUUGUUUGUUGUAACAUAUUUAAAAAAGUCUUUAGUUUAAAUUUUAACUUCAUAUAAAUUAUUUGACUGUUUAUGAUCCUUUCGGGGAGGGGAGAAUUUGGGGGAUUGUUUGGUCUUAAAGUGGUCCAAAGAUUUCAGAAUGAACUAAUUUUAGCCGAUUACCCUUUUAGGAGCUACGAAGCACAUGUUAAGUUUACACUUGACAAGGCUUUAUAAUACACUUUCAUAAUUUACACAGUGCAGUCAGCUGGCUCCAGCUGAAGCCCGGAGAUAAAGUAGUUGGGAAUUCACUUGGUUAUUGGGGGCUGAAGGAUGCCAGAACAUCCCAGUCCCGAGUCCUGCUACUCCUUUGCCCCCGUGCCCCUCGCUUCGCCUCCUGCGCGCGCUGGGCGGCGGAAGCAGCCGGCAAGAGAGGACGAGUGAGAACUCGAACUGAAAAAAGAGACACUAAAGCCAGUGCCAAGCGGGGAGGGCGCGAGGCGCUCGGCUCUGCUCGUGAAGCAGAAGCUGAAGGUGACUGUGGUGAGCUAUCCGCUGCCGGGCUGCUGCUGCUCGGGCGUCUGGCCUCGUGCCGCCUCCAGGCCUUCGAUGUUUUCCUGAGAUACCCGCGCUGCGUCCUGCAGACUGCCCGGGACGCCUGUGUUAGCCGCUGCUUUCAGCUCUUCGGGAUGUCAGCUUUUUGUCUUCUGAACUGUGCUUUUGUUUCGCUGCUGUUUGCCUAAAAGACGGAGCUGAUUAGCGUAAGAUGUUAGAAAAUAAUUGUGAAACUAAACUUGUCUCGUAGUGAUGAGGGAGUGUGCUGGCAGGGAGAAGUGCUAAAGCAAGAGAUGACGACGAUCGAUGGCGCAGGCGCUUGUCACGCAGGAGGGGAUGUUAAAAGGGACGCGCAGGCCUCCGCUUCCCCUCCUGGAGAAGUGCAAGAGCCAGGUUGCGCUCCCUGCCAGGAGAAAACGGGCUGCUCCUGACUCGGGGAGAGCGGGGAUGCCGAGCUGGCGUGUGGCUUUUUAUUCCAGCCCGGGCGGUGCUGCCGAAUUUCUCUCUGAAACCAAAACGAAAGGGGCUGGAGGGCAACCUCCCCUCGCCUGCUCCCCGCAGUCGCUAAACCGGGGCGGCGGCGGGGGGGACGAUGGCCGGGGCACCCCCAGAGCUGCCGGGCCGUCGCGCUGCUUCCACCUGCUCAGUUCGGACGGAGGUGGAGGGUGCAGGUUGCUCGCAAAGUAAAGACGGAAAAUACACAGUCCAGACGUGGGUAAGAACCUUCGAUUUCAAAAGGCCUCGUUUACAUUUCUUCUGCUUUACAAAGUCGGAUCUGUAUAGCAGCUCUAUACUACACUGCAGGAAAGAAGACAUAUUCUCACACUUUUCUAAGGAAGAGAAGUUUUUCUUAUUAGAAUUUUUUUAUUUAUUUUAAUAUAUAAAACACUGUAAAAAAAAAAACAGCAAACAAUUUGUUUUCUUAAACACACAGAACGUGUAAAUUUGUAUCCGUAAAAUCUUGGCAGGGGGAUGUGGUGGGAUUAUUUUUGUCCUGUUCUGGUGCAGUCUACCUCAGUGUUUCUUAAGGAUAUUUUUAAUACUACGCACCUCUAAACCUGUUUAAAUAUUUUGGUCUGGACCUGUUGUGGAUCAGGGAAAAUCAAUAUCAGCUGAUUCCAAUACUCAGGACCAUUCACCAAAGGGAAUGGGUAGGAGAAUGGCUCGUCACUGUUCAUCGCUAAUCUGAGCAGUAGUGACCAAAGGAACCCAUUUACAAAUUUGGAUCUGAUGUUCUGGUACCAUCCUCUUAGUUCUGUUGUGAUUUAAAA